ACUCGGUGAUACGUUGGCAGACGCACGUCUAACACACCAACCCGCAACCAACACGUGCGAGAUCGGCUGUCGCAUUGCGUUUUGACACGCGUAGGAAGGUAAGGUAGGAAAGCUUAAGAUUUACGUCCUCAGGUGCGGGCUCCUUCAUAUUUGAAUUAAGGCUCAACUCUUGCUGUGCAGCCACAUUACCCAGGAAUCACACCAUAAUCACCCAGAUUCGAAGAGCUUUCUUGAUUUCCCCGCUUCCGUCACUCUACGGUAUAUCUUGAGCUUGAGCUAGCCAGUCCUACCCGUUCAUCCGCCAGAUCCAACGAUUCCGAAGCUGGGAGCUGGGAGCUGCACAAUUUGACCCACCAUCUUUACACAAACACACACGCGCACACCAUCUCAGCCAUGGCAGUCCCGGAGUCGGUCAUCGAGUGGAAGCCAGCCAAGCUGCUGCAGAGCCGCGAAAUCGCGCCCGAGUUUGCACUGCUCGUUCUCAAUCAGCCAUUGCGUAACAGUCACAACCUCAGAAAGCUAUGGAGAAACUCUUCGCUGAGAGUAGCUGCCGAUGGCGGCGCAAACCGUCUGCAUGAGCUAUCCUCCUUCCAGGGCAAGUUUUCGAAUCUCCAGGUCAUCAUCGGCGACCUCGACUCGCUACACAAGGACGUGCGUGACUUCUACUCCUCGCAGCCCACCCCGGCAAAGGUCAUCCACGAGACCGACCAGGACUCGACAGACUUUGCCAAGGCCAUUACGUGGAUUCGCAAGGAGCGCCCUGCUGGCCUGGACAUUGUCGCUCUGGGCGGCAUCGGCGGACGAGUCGAUCAAGGCCUGAGCCAGCUCCACCACCUGUACCUCUUCCAGCAAGACCCCGCAUACUCUCAGGGCCGUAUCUACCUCCUCUCCGGCUCGAGCAUGACGUUUCUCUUGAAGAAGGGCUCGCACCGGAUCCGGGUCCGUGGUGACGAGGAGGGCGCCGCAAGCGUCUUUGGCAAGUACGUCGGCAUCAUCCCCUUCAAGGGACCCAGUCGUAUCACUACGAGCGGUCUCGUCUGGGACGUCUCGGACUGGCAGACGGAGAUUGGCGGGAAAAUGAGCACGAGCAACCAUGUGCAGCCGGACGUGGAGUAUGUCGAGGUGCAGACGACGGAGGACGUGCUCUUCACCAUUGCGCUGGGAAAGGUCGACAGCGAGGACGAGUCGUGAUAUGCGGUGGAGGGCUGGAAUUAGACGUUGCUCAAUACCCUCACUUUUUCUCUUGUUGCU